UCGAAGAGGUUUCAUAACUAUAUAUAUAUUGCUAAUCGAGUAAUUUGAGGUGAAAGAAAGAUCUCGACAUGGGAAACAAGGUUGUUCUUAUGUUGAUUUUGUUCCUCUUAAUCAUCUCAUUCUCAAACAGCGAUGCAUCGCCAUUUUUUCGAGGAGCAUUUGGAACCCAAUCGAAACUUCCACCGAAGAACACGGGUUCACACGCACCAGUAACACCUGACGGCCCGUCUACUGGAAAAACGUCUGCCACCAAUAAUACAUGGUCUAAAAAUUUUCAAGCAAAGAUGAACAGGUUCCGAGAAAAAAUGAAAAGGAUGCGAGCAAAUAUGAGAGGGGUACCAGCUGAACAACCACCGCCAUAUCCAGCUCCUAGUACACCCGAAGAUGAGAAUGUACCAGACUACGAGACUGGCGGUUACGCAACUGAACAACCACCACCACCACCACCUGGGAUAUACCGUUAAGCGAUAAGCAUAGACCGUGUUUAAUUACCUUUAAGUAUAGGGACUGAUAUAUCAGUCUCAUAUGUUUCUCAAUUUAUAUUUUCACAUGUAUCUGUAUCUAUAUGCAGACCAAAUAUGUUUCUCCAUUUAUAUUUCCACAUGUAUCUGUAUGUAUAUACAGACCAAAUUAACAUGUUUCUCAAUCUAAUAUAUAAUUAUGUCGCGUUAGAUAAUGCGACAAGAUAAAAUCAUAUCUAUGUAGAUUGUGACGUUUACAAGAUUGAUUGAUUAAAA